AUGAUAUUGCCUUGGAAGUUUGAGACCACCAAGUAUAACUGCACAGUUUUUGAUGCUCCUGGACAUCAUGACUUUAUUAAGAACAUGAUUACUGAGACCUCUCAGGCUGAUUGGGUUGUCCUUAUUAUUGAUUGCACUGGAGGUUUUAAGGCUGGUAUCUCCAAGGAUGGCCAGACUCGUGAGCAUGCCCUUCUUACUUUCACACUUGGUGUCAAGCAGAUGAUCUGUUGCUGUAACAAGAUGGAUGCCACCACCCCCAAGUACUCUAAGGCCAGAUACAAUAAAAUUGUGAAGGAGGUCUCAUCUUACUUGAAGAAGGUUGAGUACAACCCAGACAAAAUUUCCUUUGUUCACAUCUCUGGAUUUGAGGGAGACAACAUGAUUGAGAGGAUGUUUACAAGAUUGGAGGUUUUGGAACUGUGCCAGAGGGACAUGUUGAAAACUGGUUUCAUCAAGCCUGUUAUGGUUGUCACUUUUGGAUCCACUGGGUUGAUUGCUGAAGUUGAGCCUGUGGAGAUGCACCACGAGGCUCUCCAAGAAGCUCUUCCAGGUGACAAUGUCGGGUUCAACGUUAAGAAUGUUGCUGUCAAGGAUACCAAGUGUGGUUUCGUCGCCUCCAACUCCAAGGAUGACCCUGCCAACUGCACCUCCCCACCCACCCCCACCCUCCGGUCAGAUUGUCAUGCUAAUCUUCCAAUAUUGACAUUCUCAGGUAGCCAAUGGUGGGCAAUGUCUGUUCCAGAGUAG